UGUCUUUUGUAUUACUCUGAACAUGCCAUUGGUUUGGUAGAACCUCCAGCACCAGAGGUGGCAGCACUGGGCCAUAAACUAGUAUACUUACCGAAACAAAAACACCAUCGAAGUACCGGAUUAUGACGUGGACUUGUUAUGGUCAGGAAGAGGACUUUCCUCAACAAAUAAUAGUUGAAUAAUGUAGCAAAGGUGACAAAUCGUUCCGUCGAUGGAUCUAAAUGAAGAUGGUGUUCAUUUGCGAUGUGCAUCCGGAAUAUGCUUGUGYGUUCUCUGCGGUUUACCUGCAGCRGGAAAGUCGACGCUCGCACAGGCGGUCAACUCUCACACUGUACAACGAGGAUGGAGGUCCACUGUCAUUUCUUACGACGACCUGAUUCCCGGUGACGCUUUCGAUGUGAAAGAAGUCGAGGAUGAGGAGGAUAUGCCGCGAUCGCAGACGCAAACUAAAUGGAAGUUGCACAGACAAGCCGUGCUACAGUGUGUUGAACGGUUCCUACAGAGUCCUACAGAGCUGGGACAGCUACCACCRAGCAUCGACCAGAUCAACAGUGAUGCCUGGAGUCGUCUCCUUCACGCCGCUCAGGUCUGCGGGACAWCGGUGGRCUCUUCUCGGGUUUACCCGUCACCUUUAGAUCGACCAGCUCCGCCACUCGUCAUUCUGCUGGACGACAACUUCUACUAUCCAAGCAUGAGAUAUGAGRUGUAUCAACUGGCCAGGAAACACUCUGUGGGAUUCUGUCAGGUGUACGUCCACUGUCCUGUGGAGUCGUGUGUCAGGAGAAACCAGCUGAGGCCCCGGCCCUUACCCAGUGACGUCAUAGUAGAGAUGGCCAGGCGCAUGGAGCCUCCAAACCCUCAGAGAAACACGUGGGAGAAGAACAGUGUCACUCUGGACAGCGAACACCACUUCACCAUAGAAUACAUCGUCAGAGCUGUGUGUCCAGUGUGGUCCACCAGGCUGACCAGGCCUGCAGACGCCUGGUCUCACAGGCCAUGCAGGGGGCCAGAGAGCAUCAACUUCCCCCAGAGAGGAUGAGGUCUCUGGCAGCCCACUUCAAUCAAUCCAAAACCAGAUUUCUUCAAGACCUGCGGAAACAAGUCCUCCACGGCCUUCCCUCGACCCGGGGAGAGAGCGUCGACGCGGAGCGGCUUGUGAACAGAGCCGUGGACGUCUUCAACAAAGAGAAACAGGAAAUCGUUGAAAGAUACCUUCCUCCUCAUGACACAGAAAAUGAGGGAUAGAUGAUAGCCAUGAUGUAACUUUCAUUGAUUCUAUGUAAAUAGUCAUAAAUAUUGACAUUAGUAAUGAA